ACUUUCCUGCUCUGAGUAAUUCCCUGAGAGGGCAAGGAAAGCUGUCAGGGGUCCUCUGAUGUACAGCUAUUCACUGUUUGACCCUCCGUCUGCAGGAGCUGCCGCAGCUGCAGUCCUAAAGACAAUAGCCUAGAGAGAGAUCCACAGAGAAAGGUCCCUGGGAAAGAGGAUCACCGUCCUUCCUCCCCCGCCUCUCCACUGGGAGGUCUGUGUUUUGCCUCUGUGCCACAUCAGGUGCAGGCAGCUGUUGCCCAGCACAGGCAAAAACCCAAAGAGCAAGUGCAGACCGGGGUUUACACCUUCUAUGCUCAGGAGGGCUAACAAAGCAAUUCCAUGGCCAAUUUCGUGCAUUCGUGGGGUUUAAGGUUGUGCUCUAUUGUCUGCGGAUUGCGCUGCCUCUUUAAAAUCAGAAAUGCAUGGACAGUUUCAAGGUGCCUCCCACUGAGCAAAGGCUUUGGAUGCAAGCACAGAGGCAGAAGAGCCAUCCUCCCCUGAGCACAGGGCAAACCAGCCUGGGAGAGAAAUGAGCACUCAGCAGUCCUCCAGCUGCUUCCAGCUAUCCUUUCUCUGCUCCGGUGACAGCAGCACAGGUGCAGGGAAGAAACCUGGAGGCUCUCCCAGGGUGCCUGAGAACUCCAAGAAGAUGAGAGCAACUGCAGGAGGAGAUGAAUGAGGCUGUUGCUCAAUAGUCUUCCAGGGACAAAGACAAGGUGACUCACUGCUCAGAAGGAAACCUUGGAUGAGGUCUCAUGCCCUGCCACAGUGGGUAACUCUAACACAACACCAAGGGCCCUCCAAGACACAUGUGUCACAAGAAAACAGACAUGGCCACAGAGCGAGCUGAACGUAACCCAAACGCCUCCACCCACCUCAGCUUUGCUGCAAUUUACAACCUCCACGACGGAGAUUUCAGCUCCUUGCGGAACUUCUCCUUCCCUUUCAAUUUCACUUACAGUGACUACGACCUGCCCCUGGACAGCGAAGACGACAUGACCAAAACCCGCACCUUCUUUGCAGCCAAGAUCGUGAUUGGGGUGGCCCUGGUUGGCAUUAUGUUGGUCUGUGGCAUCGGCAACCUCAUCUUCAUCGCUGCCCUCGUCCGCUACAAGAAGCUGCGGAACCUCACCAACCUGCUGAUUGCCAACCUGGCAAUCUCGGACUUCAUCGUGGCCAUCGUGUGCUGCCCCUUCGAGAUGGACUAUUACGUGGUGCGGCAGCUGUCCUGGGAGCACGGCCACAUCCUCUGCGCCUUGGUCAACUACCUACGGACUGUCUCCCUUUAUGUUUCCACCAAUGCUCUCCUGGCUAUAGCUGUCGACAGGUAUCUGGCCAUUGUUCACCCACUAAAACCACGCAUGAAUUACCAAACAGCAACCUUCCUCAUCGCCUCGGUCUGGAUUGUCUCCAUACUUGUAGCUAUCCCAUCUGCAUACUUUGCUACUGAAACGGUGUUAUUUAUAGUGAAAAACCAGGAGAAAAUUUUCUGUGGCCAAAUUUGGCCAGUUGACAAGCAAAUAUACUACAAAUCGUACUUCCUCUUCAUCUUUGGCAUUGAAUUCGUGGCACCCGUGAUCACAAUGACUUUGUGUUAUGCCAGGAUCUCUCAGGAGCUUUGGUUUAAAGCUGUCCCAGGAUUCCAGACAGAACAGAUCCGAAAAAGGCUUCGAUGCAGAAGGAAAACUGUUAUGGUCCUGAUGUGCAUCCUGACUGCCUAUGUUCUCUGCUUGGCACCUUUCUACGGCUUCGCAAUUGUCCGGGACUUCUUCCCCACCAUCAUCGUGAAAGAGAAGCAUUAUCUCACUGUCUUUUACAUAGUUGAGUGCAUUGCCAUGAGUAAUAGCAUGAUAAACACCAUGUGUUUUGUAACUGUGAAAAACAACACCAUGAAGUACUUCAAGAAGAUCAUGUUGCUUAGAUGGAGAUCAACGUAUAAUGGAAGCAAAUCCAGCACAGAUUUGGACCUGAGAACAAGUGCAAUGCCAGUCACAGAGGAAGUAGACUGCAUAAAACUGAAAUAAAUUUUCUGCAGUUCAAAUCUCAUCUGUUUUGGAGAGGGGGUUAAAGAAGAAAUAAUGUCUCCUCAGAAGCUUCUCCCUUGUCUGUGGGAAUACCCACUAUUGGUGAGAUCCUUCAAAAAGCAGCCUGCAUUCCCACCAGAACUCUUCUCAGUGGAUUUCUAGAUAAUACCCCUAACUCUGUGUCUUACAACAUCCCUAAGACUGAUGCUGUGUUUCAGGUCACUCACCUGUAAAUUUGAGAUGUAGACACUCAUUUUAGAGUUAAGAAGAACAAUAAAGUCUAUGAAUGCAUUAGACUGUAAUACAACAACGGAAGAGUUGAGUGCUGAUCCCAGCAGUG